AUGGCAACGGUAACUAAGAUCGCGAGCAGCCGUACGUUAAAGCAACUGCUUUCCGAGUUGAAACACAUCAGCUCCAACGAAGGUAGUGCUUCUUUGGCCGCCAAGUACAUCAGCGACCAGUACCGGCGGUUCGAAACGACAGAACAGCAGCAUUGCCGAGCCAAAGAGGAACUACAAUUUACCGCCGAUACGUACCGGUGCUACCUGGAGAGUGUACGAAAGCUGAAGGAGUUAAACGACGUGUAUCGUGGUAAGGGCGAACGCAGUAUCCGAGAUACGGCCGACAUGGUAGGCUUCAAGCUGCCCCACGAUCCAAAGUGA